GGUUGUUUUAGGCCGGCCUCUGCGUUUGCGCAGUGCUCGUGAGACCGAGGCAGCCGCGGCCCAGGCUUGGGAAAGUGGAGCGGCGGCGCCUGCUGCGGCUUGCGGCGGGGCCGGCGGCUUGGGAGACGCGGAUGUGACCGCCGUUGGCCGGGCCUGCGGGCAGGGCCGGGGAGCAGUUGGAAACAGCUCGGUGCCCCUCCCCCGUCAUCCCAUCCCAAGGCGCGGGAGGAAGAAGAGGGGCUAUGCAGCCGCCUCAGCCGCCCCCCUACGAGUUCCUCAGCGAGGAGAACGGGCAGAAAUGGCGGGGGCUCCUCGUGCCGGCCCUGCGUAAGGUUCAACAGCAAGUCCAUCCCAACCUUUCAGCCAAGGAAGAUUCCCUCUUUUACAUUGAGGAACUAAUUCUUCAACUGUUAAAUAAGUUAUGCAUUGCACAGCCACGGACAUUUCAAGAUGUAGAGGAGCGUGUUCAAAAGACAUUUCCUCAUCCAAUUGACAAGUGGGCAAUCGCAGAUGCACAGUCAGCUAUCGAGAAGCGAAAACGAAGAAAUCCUCUCCUGCUGCCAGUGGACAAAAUACAUCCUUUAUUAAAGGAGGUUCUUGGUUAUAAAAUAGAUUAUCACAUGUCUCUUUACAUUGUGGCUGUCCUGGAAUACAUCUCUGCUGACAUCUUAAAAUUGGCUGGCAAUUAUGUUUUCAACAUACGACAUUUUGAGAUUUCCCAACAGGACAUUAAAGUAUCCAUGUGUGCUGAUAAGGUGUUAAUGGAUAUGUUUGAUCAAGAUGACAUUGGUUUGAUUUCCUUAUGUGAGGAAGAGCCUUCUUCUUCUGGUGAACUUAAUUACUAUGAUCUUGUCAGGACUGAAAUUGCAGAUGAAAGACAGUAUCUGCGGGAGCUGAAUUUGAUCAUAAAAGUAUUUCGAGAAGCUUUUCUAUCUAACAAAAAGCUGUUUAUGCCCAAUGAUAUUGACAUGAUAUUCAGCAACAUCACAGAUAUCCAUGAAUUGACAGUGAAACUCUUGGGAUUAAUUGAGGACACAGUUGAAAUGACUGAUGAAAGUAGUCCUCAUCCCCUGGUUGGCAGUUGUUUUGAAGAUCUAGCAGAAGAACAAGCCUUUGACCCAUAUGAAACCUUAUCACAGGAAAUCCUUUCACCACAAUAUCAAGAACAUUUUAAUAAUGUAAUGGCUAAACCUGCUGUGGCCUUACACUUCCAGUCAAUUGCUGAUGGCUUUAAAGAAGCAGUACAAUAUGUCCUACCACGUCUCAUGUUAGUUCCUGUUUAUCACUGUCUCCACUAUUUUGAAUUGCUACAGCAACUUCAAGAAUGCAGUGAAGACGAAGAAGACUGUGAAUGUUUAAAACAAGCCAUCACAGCUCUCCUGAAUCUCCAAUGUAGUAUGGAACGCAUUUAUAACAAACAUUCACCUAGACGUCGGCCUGGGGAGCCUGUGUCUUGGUUCUACAACCGCCAAAUAAGAAGCAAGCAUCUAGCCAUAAAAAAAAUGAAUGAGAUCCAGAAAAACAUUGAUGGUUGGGAAGGCAAAGAUAUUGGUCAGUGCUGUAAUGAAUUUAUAAUGGAAGGCACACUGGCAAGAGUAGGAGCCAAGCAUGAACGACAUGUAUUUCUCUUUGAUGGUUUAAUGAUCGGCUGCAAAGCCAACCAUGGGCAGUCACGACUUCCAGGUUAUAGCAACGCAGAAUACCGACUCAAAGAAAAGAUUAUUAUGAGGAAAGUCCACAUAGUUGAUAAAGAUGACACUUGUGAAUACAAAAAUGCCUUUGAGCUGGUGCCUAAAGAUGAGAACAGCUUUAUCUUUGCUGCCAAGUCUGCUGAAGAGAAGAACAACUGGAUGGCAGCCCUGAUUUCCCUCCAGUAUCGCAGCACCCUGGACCGAAUGUUGGAUGCUGUACUAUUGCAAGAAGAGAAUGAGCAGCCCCUGCGUCUCCCCAGUCCAAGCAUCUAUCGUUUUGCAGUGGAAGACUCUGAGGAGAACAUGGUUUUUGAGGACAAUCUUCAGAGCAGGAAUGGGAUUCCGAUCAUCAAAGGUGGAACUGUGGUGAAACUCAUUGAAAGACUAACUUAUCACAUGUAUGCAGAUCCUAAUUUUGUACGUACUUUCCUUACCACAUAUCGCUCCUUUUGUAAGCCGCAAGAGCUCCUAAGUUUGUUGAUAGAAAGAUUUGAAAUCCCUGAACCUGAACCAACCGAAGCUGAUAGGCUGGCAAUAGAGAAAGGAGAACAACCAAUCAGUGCAGACCUUAAACGAUUUCGCAAGGAAUAUGUCCAGCCUGUACAACUCAGGGUAUUGAAUGUGUUUCGGCACUGGGUAGAACAUCAUUUUUAUGACUUUGAGAGAGACCAAGAGUUACUUGAUAGACUGGAGACAUUUAUUUCCACUGUAAGAGGCAAAUCCAUGAAGAAGUGGGUGGAAUCCAUUGCAAAGAUUAUCAGGAGGAAAAAACAAGCUCAUGCAAAUGGCAUAAGCCAUAAUAUAACAUUUGAGAGCCCUCCCCCUCCAAUUGAGUGGCAUAUCAGCCGUCAGUUUGAGACAUUUGACCUCAUGACAUUGCAUCCCAUAGAGAUUGCUCGGCAGCUAACUCUCCUGGAAUCUGAUCUCUACAGGGCUGUCCAGCCUUCAGAACUCGUUGGGAGUGUGUGGACAAAAGAAGAUAAAGAAAUUAAUUCCCCAAACCUACUGAAAAUGAUUCGGCAUACAACAAAUCUUACACUUUGGUUUGAAAAGUGUAUAGUAGAAAUGGAAAACUUUGAAGAGCGAGUGGCUGUGUUAAGCAGGAUUAUAGAAAUUUUGCAGGUUUUCCAGGACUUAAAUAAUUUCAAUGGAGUUCUUGAAAUAGUCAGUGCAAUGAAUUCUGUCUCUGUGUACAGACUAGACCACACCUUUGAAGCACUGCAAGAAAGAAAAAAGAAAAUUUUAGAUGAAGCAGUAGAAUUAAGUCAAGAUCACUUUAAAAAAUAUCUUGCUAAACUCAAAUCAAUCAAUCCACCAUGUGUGCCUUUCUUUGGGAUAUACUUAACAAAUAUUCUAAAGACAGAAGAAGGGAAUCCUGACUUCCUAAAAAGACAAGGGAAAGGACUGAUAAACUUUAGUAAAAGGAGGAAGGUGGCUGAAAUCACAGGAGAAAUCCAACAGUAUCAGAACCAACCUUACUGUUUACGCAUCGAACCAGACAUCCGGAGAUUCUUUGAAAAUUUGAACCCCAUGGGAAAUUACCCAGAAAAAGAAUUCACAGACUAUUUAUUCAACAAAUCUCAGGAGAUUGAGCCUCGAAAUUGCAAGCAGCCCUCUAGAUAUCCUAGAAAAACUAGCUACUCUCUAAAAUCUCCUGGAAUAAGGCCAAAUGCUGGCAGGCACAGCUCCACAUCUGGCACUUUGAGAGGCCAUCCAACUCCUCUUGAAAAGGAGCCGUAUAAGAUUAGUUUUAGCAGAAUCACUGAAACUGAACAGGAGUCUGCAGCAUCGGCACCAACCUCACCAAACAUACCAUCCACUCCUCCAGUGUCUGCAUCAUCAGAAGUCAGUGUAUUCAUAGACAUUGAUCUCAAUAGCUCCUUUGGUAGCAACAACAGCAUAUUUGCUCCUGUCCUUUUGCCACAGUCAAAAUCAUUCUUUAGUUCAUGUGGGAGUUUGCAUAAAUUAAGUGAAGAACCCCUGGUUCCUCCUCCUCUGCCUCCUCGCAAGAAAUUUGAUCAGGAGCUUUCCAACUCAAAGGGAGGUUCCAGGUCUGAUGAUGAUCCUCCUGCUGUCCCCCCAAGACAGCCACCUCCUCCAAAGAUACAGCCACGAGUCCCAGCUUACACUGGUUUGUUUGAUCAGCCGCUGCAAAGCCCUCCACCACCUCCACCAAGAGACCCUCUGCCUGACACUCCUCCUCCAGUGCCCCUUCGCCCUCCAGAGCACUUUGUGAACUGCUCAUUCAAUCUUCAGCCACCCCCUGUGGGACACUUUCACAGAGAGCCCGACUGGCUCCGGGAAGUUAGCACAUGCCCAAACUCCCCCAAUACUCCUCCUGGCACCCCAUCACCUCGAAUAUUGCGUCGCUGGUGCAUGCUUAGCCCAAACCUUAAUAGCCUUGCAGCACCUCCAGUCCCACCUCGCCAGAAUUCCAGUCCUCAGCUACCAAAACUGCCACCAAAGACUUACAAGAGGGAACUUUCUCACCCUCCUUUGCACAGACACUCUUUGCUAGAAAAUGCAGAAGCGCCUCAAUGACCUUCAUUAUGGUAGUCAUUGACACUGGAAUAGCAGCUCCUAACUUUACGGUUUCUCCUUAAUUUAUUCCAAUGACACCGUGUAUUUGAGCCCUUUGUCAGGCAAACACAUGCACCAGAGUGCUGCAGAUCAAGACUCAUCCUCAAGCAUUGGAACAACAACAGCCUUCAGACUCACUCUAGCCUGUUUACUCACACCAUCAAUCUUCUCCUCAGGGGAUCAGUAACACUGCCUUCUCCUCUUCCUCUUCAGUGCUGUGACAAAGAAAACCAUAUUUUGCACUGUAAAUGACACACUACAUUAAUUUUAAACUGACAUCAGUUCAUUGUACUGAGCCAAAACAAAAGUGGUUACUCGUGGAUUUUUUAUUUCCAAACUGGAGCAUGAGCAGCCUUUUCUCUCCAUAUGUGUGUAUGUGUGUGUGUGUGUGUGUGUGUGUGUGUGUUUAAAGGUGCAAUUAAUUGGAGAACCUUCUCCAAACUGGUGUCUUUAAGCUGUAUCAAGACUGUAAUCUUAGCCAAUAUGGCCUUUUAUAAAGCACCAGGUAAGAUGCAUUGAGAAGUGCUCAUGAAGCGUUCUCACCCAAGCCGAGUUGCAGUGAAUAGAUUCAUUUCAAUGUGAUUUACCUGGGAGAACUUUCAAGUGGAUGUGCCCAAUUGACGCCAUAAUUGAUGGACUUCCCAACAAACAUGAAGACCCAUGUCAUGUUUCUAAUUUUGUUUUUAUAAAUCUAUUCGAAUACUUUCUUUUCAGGAAAAAAAUUAAAAUCAAGAGGUUUGUGCUAGACCAUUAUAUUACUGCUGUUUUCAAAUGUUAGGUGACAUCAUGUCUUAAUUUUUGUAGUUUUGCUGCUGAAAUUGGGAAACGAUAAAUGACUAAAACAAGAGUGUGCACUACAAUUGGCCCAGUUAAGUGAGAAGCAGAAAAGGGUCUGCUUCACCCACCUGUUCAAGAAGAAUUCAGCACGUAUGUCCUAUUCAGUUGUGCCUUCAUUGUUUAAACAAGCGGAGGUGUCUUAAGCUAAAAAGUUGCCUGCUGUUUUGGCGAACAAAGCUAUUGCGCCAUAUUAUGUACAGUUGUUUAUAAAGUAUAAUUUACAAAGUAAUAACCUGUAUACAUUUCUGUGACUUGAGGCUUCUUCUGCAAUCUGUUCUUUCUGUGCAUUAUAUUAUUGUAAGCAUUUCUCUACAUAUUAGUGAUGAAAACCAUAUUAUAAUUACCCUUCUUUCUUCAAAUUAGAGCUUUACUAUCAUUAUGGGGUCCCUUCUGAAAAUGUAGUGUUUAAACCAGCAGAUAUUGAAGAAUGCUAUUUUGGACUCUUUGAAACUUAAAUGAGACCUUCCUCUGGCCAGUUGAACUCUGUUCUUUUCCAUUCAAGCUGGCAUAUUAAAUGAGUCUGGUUUACGUAUUUAAAGAGAUCUGAAGAGAGUCUGGUAGCACCUUUUUCAAUUAAGUUUUUUUUUAAAAAGCAUAAGCUUUCAUGAUGUGUAGAGUAACUAGACUUUGCCCACUUUAAGAUGGGUGGACUUCAACUUCCAAAAUUCCUAGUCAGCAUGCUGGAUCAACCAGUCCACACAACCAUGGCUAAGUUGAGAUAGACUGAUAUAGGAUUUAAAUAGGGAUGAUAGGAAAGGAGGGGAUGACAGGUUGGUGAUAUAGAUAGAGGUUACCUAUGAGACAGAUUAGCAGUAUCUUAUUGAUUAACAAUUGUUGUUUUAAAAUCCCUUUAUAUUUGUUGUUAUCUUGAGCUUGCCUAAAAUGUUUUGAUGUAUAGGUAAUACAGAUAGACUAAUGACCACAAUUGUGACUGGAACAUACAUUGUAAGUCAUUGUGAUCAUAAGUCUAGUCAAACCUAAUUUUAUGACUAUUUUUACAGUGGGCAUUAAAUAAAUCACACAAUUGUUAAGCAAAUCCAGCUUCCCCUAUGGGUGUUUUUUCCCAAAAAUUGGCAAAAAAGAGCAUAAAGUACAAUCAUGCGACUGCAGGAUGCUACAAGAAGUCAUAAAUGUGAAUCAAUUACCAACCAAAUUGCGAUCACUUGGCUAUAGGGAUGUGGUAAGUGCAAGUGCAGGUCAUAAAUCCCUUUUUCUAAGGUCAUUGUAACUUUUGAACAAUUGUAAAAAAAAACUAUCAUAAGCCAAGGACUAUGGUAUGCACAUUCAGCAAUCUCUUGCUCAGUAAUGACUUUAAAAUGGGUUGGUUGAAAUAGGUGCUACCAGGAUUCCUUGGGAUUUUUUUUAUGACUAGGCUCUUUCACAAUGUUCAAGUACUGUAGAAUCCAAAAGCCUUCUCUUGACUGCUCUGUGGCUUUUUACUGUUCUUUGUAUCAGAGUUCUUAACCAGACUAAUAAAUCACCUGGUCUUAAUUUUUAAGAAAG